UAUUUUUAUUGGCUGAGCUUUUUUUCAAAGUGUUUUCUGAUUGGCUGGUAGUGUGAAAGUAGGGAAUCCCACAGGUUUUUUUUCUGCCUCAGUCUCAGGUUUUAACCACAGUCAGAGUCACGUUCAGUCCUGGUCCUACUUGACCAGGUAGCCUCAAGUCAGCAGUGAUCCAAGAGCAGCAGUUCUGACUGUUCAGCUGCUGUUUCAACAUCAACUCUGACCUGAUUAUUGUUUUCCCUGUCUGUUAAAACCAGGUCUAGAGUUGUUACAUCACAGGUACCUGUAGAAUUCACCAAAGUGGAGAGAAGUCAGUACCACGUGAACAAAGAAACUCCUGUUUGACUGGAAGGCUAGAAUAAAAAUCACAUUCCCUUCAGCGGCAUGUUGGAGCAAAUUCAGGAGGUGAAGAAACCUGCUGAGAGUAAUUUAGAGGGUGGAGACGGGAAGUAUAUUUUUUUAGUUGGAAGUUUACAGCAGUAUAAAAGGGGAAAAAAGAGGGGAAAAAAGAAUAAUUGUUAAAGUGCAGAGUGUGAACAGGGAUUUGCAGUGAGCGUUGAUGUUGCCGGGCAGGAAUGAAGAUGAAAGUCUAGACAGUUGUGGAGGGCUGGUGGAGCUGAGGGGCAGCAGGAGCGACCGUGGGCGGGGAGAGAGGAAGUUUGGUCAACAGGAGAGGAAUUUAAAGUCCCAUUGUUCUGGAGGAGCAGAGGCAGAGAGGAGUGAGGAGCUGAGGAGUCCGAUCGCUGACAGACGCUGGACACCAUGGACAUGAGUGCAGCUAUGGCAAAGAUGUCCGUGAAACAGAGCGCAGGAGGAGAAGCGGUCUGUCUCAUAUGUAAAGAGGGCUGCUCUGGAUUUCAGCCGCAUUCUUGGAGGAAAGCCUGUACGGCCUGUGGCUGCAGCACAGUGGACCACAUUCCUGGUGGUGACCUUGAAGAUGACCAGCACAUGGGACGCCUGCUCUCUGAGUCGCCCUGCUCCCACCUAACUGCAAAGGUCAAAGGAGGUGGUGGCCUUCGCAUGUACAAACGCAACCGCAUGAUUGUGACCAAUCCCGUGGUGUCGCGCAAAGACCCCACAUUCAGCACCACAACCUACGACUGGGCACCCGCCGGACUCAACCAGAAACUGGCCAUGCAGUACAUGGAACUCCUCCUAGAGAGUCACCGCCCUGUCUCAGGGACCCAUGGAGCUGUGGAGCGGCGUAGGAAGCUCCUGAGCCAGCUCCCCGUUUAUGACCAUGACCCCAUGAAGUGCCAGAGCCUCGCCACUGACCAGGAGAUUUCAACAAUGCUGCUCUUUGUGAAGAAGUACAAACAGGAAGCGCUGGGUGUCGGGGAGGUGGCCUUACCAGGUGAGGGAGGAGCACUGAGGGAAGCGGCCAUUCAGAGGAUGGCGAAGGAAGCUAAAGAUCGUAGCAACACUGACAAGAAAGAUGCUCUGGAGAAGCAGGACCUCAGCUCGACUGUUAGCUGCGCUUCAUCUGCUGCUGGAUCCACUAACGGCACAGACGACAGCAUCAAGAACGAAUACCUGUGUACUGGUUGCCACAGUGACAUUUCCAAGGAGAGUCCAGCGGUAUAUGCCGAGCGAGCAGGUUACCAGGAUGCUCUGUGGCAUCCCGGCUGCUUCAAAUGUUCAGAGUGUGACCAGGGAUUAGUGGACCUGGUCUACUUCUGGUCCAAUCGGAAACUCUUCUGUGGGCGUCACUACUGUCAAACAGUUUGGCCUCGGUGUUCUGGUUGUGACGAGUUGAUCUUCAGCCAGUCUUUUCAGGGCGGGAAAGAUGGACGCACAUGGCAUCGUCAUCACUACUGCUGCUGGAAGUGUGGACAAAACCUGGAAACCCCCUGUCACCACUGAGACACUAACAGAAGGAUGCAGUGUAGAGAAGCCUGGAGUGCUCCUUAACUCGACUUCAAGGUGCUUCACAAACAGUGAAUCUAUACUAAAAAAAUAGAAUAUUAGACAACAGAGACAAAUAUCAAUAUUCUGAACUGAUGUCAACUGUAUUUGAGGACGUGUAACGUCUCGGUAGGCUUCAGAUAAAAACACCAAACACAGAACAAGACAAAUGAAAUAAUGAUCAAGAAACUGAUUAUGAAUUGUUUCUUAAUAUGCAGCCUAUUUUUUAAAAGUGACUCUCCUUUGGUUUAAGCAGACACUAAAAAAAUGUCAAAAUUUUAUUUUUGGAACUAGCCGAUAUUUUAUAGACUAUAUUAUUGGGUUAUUGUUUUAACGUAUCUGUGAUGAAACGUUGAAAUUUUUUGUUUUAGUUGUGCUACUGUGUUGUGCUACGUCUUAUUGUCCACGUAAAUUGUGUAGACCAGGGGUGCCCAAAAGGUCAAUUUGAAAAGUAGCUCCCAAGCCAAAAAAGUGUGGACACCCCUGGUGUAGACAGUAUGUGCAGAUUUGUGUUUACAUUAGAAAAGAAACUGGACAGUAGACUGGGUCACUACGUAGAAGUGGACCUUUGAUAAUGACCUUUUUAACUGAAUUUGGAACUGCCAAGAUAUUUGGUUCAUCCCUGCAGAGGAAGCCACAUUUUAUCUGCCUCUAUCUCACCCUAUGUUGAACUGUCACACUGACCGUCCAGAAUCUUCUCUGAGGAGCUCUCUGCUCCUCCUUCCUGGCAUCUCUCUUUGUCUUCCCUACCUUGUGUCCGAAGGUUAAACCUCAGCUGUUACGUAUCCGGUCCAUCCUCGUUAACGCCAUAAAAGACUCUCAUCAUGGUCAUCUUUGCUCCGGCUCUGCCCCGUGUGUUUAAUGUAGCGCCACUGUCUCGAAACCAAAUGUCCUCACAAAACAUUUCAUUUCACUCACACUGCUGUUGUCCUUGUGUCACACGUCACCCCUGGAAUUCAUGUCCACACCAUCAAUAAUGGCUAGAAGAUUAAUUUAUUUACUUCUCAUUUACACACUACUACUUUUGUUGUUUUUUUGUUUUUGUUAGCUGUUUCAGAUAAAGUUCAAAUUUGUAUGCGUUUGCCUCUCAAACAUAAACAUCUGCUGAUGAUGCGUCUACCAAAAGCUGCUGACUGUUUUCGAUGCCUUACGAUAAAUUAUUGCCAUGUUUCUGUCACAGUAAGUUGAAAAAACCCUAAAUAGUUCACAGUGAAGUUAUUGUGCAGUUGAAAACAUGUUUGCCAAUAAACGUCUCCUAAUCAUCUCCAGGCAAUACACAAACAGCUUUGCAUUUGUUCCACAGAGAAAUAUAUUUUAAAAAGAUUAACUAGCCUAUUGUCAGCUACUAUCGGUUUCUGUUUGUUCCCUGUCUUUGUUAGUAAUGAAUAGCUGCUUAUUAUGAGAGAGCUAAAUAAUUCUGUGUAGCAGUGUUGCCUGUGAAGGUUUGAAACAUAAUAAAGUUUUCAUGAACUUUA